UAGAGUUUAUAGAGGAAAUUGAAGAGGAGUGAAGUAAAUUUUGAAUUUUGAUAAUAACCAAUUAAAAGUGGCUUUGAUGUUUGAAAAGUUGUAGCUCGAGUUUAGGGUGGUUUCAGACACCAUCCUGACCGUCACCCGACAUUUGUGCUCUCUCCUUCUAUAUAUAUUCUCUCUCAUCACCCACACUAAAACAUCUCACUUCACCUUCUUCUUCUUCUUCUUCUUGUUCCUCUCUCUCUCUCAGGAUAGCAUAAAAUCACAAUUUUGAUAGUAUAUCCUAGCUAGGUCCUUGAUCAGUCCUCCGAAAUCAUCAAGGAUAUAUAUAUAUAUAGAGAGAGAGAGAGCAAUCAGAGAGGUACGUAGAGUGAGAGAAUGAGCAGCAGCUUUGAUCCCCAAAGGCAGGAAUCCCUAAAAAGGAUGUGGCAAUUAGAGAGGAGGGAAGUAAACCCUAGAAGGAGCUUCUUCGACGAGGAGUUGGUGGCCGCCGUAGUCCCGCCGGUGACGGUGGUGCUGGAGGGAAGAUCGAUCUGCCAGCGCAUCAGCCUCCACAAACACGCCAGCUACCACAGCCUCGCCCGCGCCCUCCGCCAGAUGUUCGCCGCCGAUUCAUCCCAUGAAACCAAUCUCGAUCUCACAAACGCCGUCCCCGGCCACCUCAUCGCCUAUGAAGACAUGGAAAACGAUCUCCUUUUAGUUGGUGACCUCAAUUGGAAGGAUUUUGUCAGAGUCGCAAAGAGAAUCAGGAUUCUGCCCGUAAAGCCUAAGUCCAGAAACCAGAACAAGGCCGACUGAUUAAUUCAUUUUUAUUUUUAUUUUAAUUGCUUAUUUUCCUAUGUAUUGUAUUACCACUAAUUUUAAUGCCAAAGGCGAAGGCCCCGUCAAUUAAUACUUA